CCCCCUACUCCAGAACGAUAGAUAUCUUUCUGGUGUUACUUGUGUCUGUAACUGAGAAAUCGAAACUGUUUAUUCUUGAGUUUGUUUUCCUAUACAGGGGAUUGUAUUUAUUGUUUAUUAGCGUAUAUAUACACUUGUACAUUUUAAUAUGUCCUGGAAUCUGCAAUAUGAUCAAAUUGGAAAAACAUUUGUGCAACAAUACUACACUUUUUUUGAUGACCCAACUCAGCGUGGUGCUUUGGCUAAUUUUUAUAAUGAAGAUAAAUCUUUGAUGACUUUUGAAGAUCAGCAAAUAUUUGGGCGAACAAAAAUUAUGGAAAAAAUACAGAGCUUAACUUUUCAAAAAAUUGUCCACAGUAUUACUGCUAUUGAUACACAACCAAUGCUAGAUGGUGGCAUUCUCAUUUGUGUACUUGGACAACUUAAGACUGAUGAUGAUCAUCCUCACACCUUUCACCAAGUAUUUGUAUUAAAAAGUUUAGGAGACAGCUUUUAUGUAGAACAUGAUGUAUUUAGAUUAUCUCUGCAUCACAUUGGUUAGAAUAUAUUUCUAUAGUCAAAAACAAAUAAUGGAUUUGAAUAUAAAGAGAGCAACAAUCUUUACUUAUUUUGUAAGUUUCAGUAAUAAUUCUGAGAGUUUGAAUGGAAUGUCGCUAUUACAAUGUAUUUAAAUCAUGAAGACAUUGAUAUCUCAUCUUUCAUAAUCAUGAAAUGCACUAUUCAGAUGCAUUAAUUUGUUGGGAAUAUUUGCAAUUGCAUGUAGUAUGUAAUUUGUUUUUUAUUGACAAGCAAAUGUUUUGUAAUGUUUAUUCAUUUGUGAGCAUUUUUAUUCUGCUCUAAGAUUGUUUUUACACUGCUGAUGAAUUCGUUUUUUAAAGCGUUAUUGGGUGUUUGUUAUAUCUAUUGUCAUUUAUCUAUGUUUGUAAUGUGCAGGCACUUUAACAAAAUCGAAAGUUAUUUAUUAUGAUGCCUAAAAUGUAUAAAACUUUUAUGUGUGUAAGAAAAUAAAAUGGUAUUUAUUUUUUGCAGUGGAUCAAAGAGAUGUACAUUGCAUUUUUAUUAAGCCAUAAAAAAUAAUCUUUUCAGCAUUAUUUAUUAAAUAUUCAGUGCUGCACUUUUUGUUCUUCAGUCAAAAUGUCAUUGUUUGCAUUGCCAUAUUUCUUUUUUGUAUUUCUUGUUGAUCCAGGAAGCUCAUUAUUAAAUAAUUUUAUUGAACUAAUAAAUUUAAUUUUUUAUUAAUUCCUUUUACUAUUUUACUCUAUAUAUUUAAUGAAAUUUUGAUUUUGCAAUUUCAUAAUACCUUUUUCUUUUUAUAAACACUGAUAACUGAAUAAUAAGUUGAUAACUGAUUAAUAAGUUGAAUUUCAAACGUUUUACAUAUAAGGUAAAAGACUAAAGGAACAUUCAAAAUUUGUCUCUUAAAAAAACAUAAUAAGAAUUUAAUAAUAUUUUACAUGUAAUUUAAACAUUAAAGUAUGCACUCUGAUAAGUGCCAUGUAAAAAAAUAAAUAGUAAAAAAGCAUCCUCCCUUACUAUAGAUGUAAAAAUUCAUAAACAUAAGCAUUAGAAAGAUGGAUCUUGAAUUACUGGGCACUAUAAUUUUAUAAUUUAUAAAAAUUAAAAACUCUAGUUAGAAAUUGCAUAUUAGAUAUCUCUUAAACAAAAGAAAUAAAACUGCAUAAAUUAUGGCAUUAUUGAAGCAUAAAUAAUUUAUGGCUUAUACAUAAUUUAGUAAGAUAAGACAAAUUAAACACCUUUUACAUUUUUAUAAUGUAUUCUGCUAGAAUAUCUAAAUGGUUUCUAAUCAUCUUUAAUAUUUUUGCAAGGGGGAAAAACAUUUAUUUACUGUAGAACAUUGUAUUUGAUUUUUUCAAAGUGAAAAUACCUGUUGCAAAUCAAAGUAAUGUAUACCAUUUGAUUUUGUAUGAAUUAAAUAUC